CUACGUUUCUUCUCGCGGAACGCGGUCUUUGUUCAAUCGCGUUGCGUUGGUGCGCGGUAAACGCAUACUCGCGAUGGUAAUUUCACCGUUGCUGUAUCGUUGAACCACUCGAACUCACCGUGUUCUCGCCAAAUUUACGAUUAUGCGAUAAAUCUCGCAUUAUUGAGAGCAAUUCAACGGCUACAAAAAUCGUGAAAAGCUCCUAUCAUUUGAAACACGUUUUCUUGUUCCUCCUACUUCACCAUCCAACAACCACGCUGUAAACCACCGAUAAUUCAAGCUAACACAAACAAUCCGUGUAAAUAAGCAUGAUCACAAUAACCAGAAAUCCGUGAGAGAUAUUUCCUCAACGAGGAGGAAUGCAACCCGGAGAAUUCGAUGAAUCAACUUAGAAGCAUCUCUCUUAACAAAAAUAUCGGUUCGUUUCCAACGAGACAGAGGUAUGUCAUUCGAAGAAACCACUGUUCUUUAAACAAAAAUACGGCCAAUAAUAGACAAUUUGAUCGAUGCAAAGAAGCGCAAAGUGAUGUACAAGGUGAUGAAGAAGUCCUGUAGACUUAUCUCAAAGUUGCUAAAAAGGGCAAAUAAUAUAUAAAAAAGGAACGAGGUGGGCGGUAGGAGAGAAUCAUCGAAAGAAUGUCGUGCAGGAAGAAGAUCGACUCGAAACUCUGGCUGGAGUAUACCCAAACGAUGGAAACCGAGGUGCGAACGCUCAAGCAAGAGCUGGUUCGUACUCAGGAGGCCUUGAAGGCAGCCACGAAGAGGUGCCGUGAUCUGGUGAAAGAGCUGGACAAUCGCACUGCGAACCACGAGUCCGAAAGAAGUCUUCGAGAUCAGCAAUUAUCGCGGAUACUUCGUGCUCUGUUGGUGCUGGAAGCACGGCUGAAGCAAGAGCAGAAAUCGAUCAGACAACUACUUUGCGAAAAGGACAAUGUGAUCAAGAACCAGCAGCUCGAAAUCGCUAGGCUCAGACGUUACACCAAGAAUUAUAUCAAAUGCAAACGCGAACAGACCCUUGGUAAAUCGUCAAUGAAACUUAACACGGCAACCGACAUUAAAAACAACGAUUUGCAAACGCCCAACGCCGAUGCACGCUCCAGGCAAAACUGUGGAAUUAGUAAAGACAUUCAAAACCUGAAAUGCGAGAUAAUCACAAAACUGAAUUCGUCGGAGAUACCUGUUGCGCUCGAGGAGUUGGACAGAGGGGUGAAGAAAACGCAUAGCUUCGCUGGGAGCGAUAUUUCGAAAACGAGUCUGACGAGCAGCGAAAACACGGAUGUGUCGAUUAUCACAACCACCACAGAGGGCAGCCCCUCGUUGCUCAGCACCGAGGGUUUCUGCGAGGGCGAAAGUAGCGACGUUUCACCCGGUUCCACGCUGAACAAAUCCAAUAGAUGUUCGCCUACGAUGGUUACGGAUAGUGAGAACGAAAUCACAAUGAUCUACGAUGGUGAUGAUGAUGAACAGACGAUGAUGGUUGAAAACGGUUCUAAAUUACCGAGGAAAAAGUUAGGAAUAGGUAGAUCGAGGACACAGAAGGCUUUGAACGAAACAGACGUGAUCGAACCGACGAAUAUCGCGAGAACGGAAAGUAAAGACGACGGAAUGGACUGUAACUUUGUGUCAGAGGACGAAGAGAAAGAACAAGAACCAAUUUAUGUAAACGCUUGCAACGAGACAAACUCGAGAAAUUUAGAACACACAGGAAACGUGAUCGCGGAAAUGCCGAAGAUGAACGAAGAUUAUAGUAAUAAUAAUAAUAACAGUAGCAAUAACGGGAGUAAUAAUAAUACUAGUGUAUGCCUAAAAAUGGAAAUCGAAGAACACAACGCAGAAGAGACCAGCGGGAACUGGUACAGCGACCCUGACGAGGAUAAAGUCAACGAUGACGUCUUUAGGCACAGCACAUAUCGACCGAAUAGCAAACAUAAUUCCGUUUUGGAGUGUGUUAACCAGAUCCUUUUACGAGACAUGGAGGAGGAAGAGAGUAUUCUUUCCAUGCCUAGGAGGUUUAAACAUCGAGGAAGAAUCGUUCGAUUUCAACCAGCUAAAUUAUCGGAUAUCGAGUCCGUGGGAUCUGAAAUGGAGAGGAAGAACUCUGAAGAAGGAAUUACAGAAAAAGAAUUAGCUAGCAACGAAUUGACCGAUGUUUCUGUAAACAGUUUCGAACCCACUGCUACGGAAGACGAGUUUGGCAUGAGUCUUACUGAAAGUGCUUCAACCUCAAAUGUUGCAACCACGAUCACGAAUCAUGAGUCGAGUCUUGAGGAAGAAUCGGAAGAAUCAAAGGCUAUUCCAAUUGUCAUUAUAGAACCAAAGGUCGAAAUGGAGGAGACGAGGCACACGAGUUUCCCCUCUUCACAGGUGAUGCAAAAAACAAAAACGUCUGUAAAUGCGUCGAAUCCACCUUUAAAAUUAGAGCGUAUCGAGGAAAAGACUUGUCUGCAGAUGUCUACGAAAGGAUUGACCAUAGCGAAAAAUUUGGAUUAUGAGGAUAUCGAGUCACUUCCGGAGAUUAUAUCACCACCUCCUAAAACACCUCCUGCGCUGCCUCCCAAACCGCAGUUCAAGAAUAACACGUUAAUCUUAAAAAAGAUUCCUAGCCCCUCGUUUCUCAUCGAUGAGACGCGGAAGAAGCAACAGCUACUGGAACCUAGUUCGUCUGAACAUAGCAAGAAGAUAUUCGGUUUUAUAUCUUCUCCUUUAAAAUCUGCGGGGAUUAAUGUAUCAUCUGCGAGAAGUUUAAACUUCGACGAUGCGAUUAAUAAAGUUACAGGGAACAAUGAAGAGGGGAACUUCUGGAAAAACAGGUUUAAUAAUGUCCGAUCUUCAUUCCAGACGCGUCAGAGCGUCAGUCAUGAAACUAGCGGGGAACAAACCCGGAAAAUUCCCAGAGUCACUAACAUCGUUCGCCAUUUUGAAGAAUUCAAAAUUGGCGGUGAAUCGGAGGAUCAAACAAAAGAACGCACGAAAACCAAGGACAAACAUGUCCAUUCAGAAUUUGAUCAGGAAUUUGAUAUCAGACAAAAUUUUGAAGAGUUCAAUUUGGAUGAAUGUGAUUUGUCAGAUGAUCCGGAUAGACCAGAGGGCGAUGGAUCGGAGAGGCUCGGUAAUCUUGGGGCGACGGUUGGUCAGAACGAGAAAACUGCCGCAACCAAAGACAAUAAUAAUGUUCCUCUUGCUGCGAGCAAUUCGAGCAGCGGCUACGAUCACUUCUUAGAAGCUACAGGUCUUAGCAACAAAUCCAUAUUAACACCAUCGAGGUUGCUGAGCAACCACAAGAGUAUGUUAAAGCCAAAAGACGUCAAGUAUAAGAAUAAGAUCAAAGCGACAGCAGUUAUGGAAAAACAUGGUGUUUCCACGACGAACAAUACUACCCAUAUUAGACAUUGGACUGGCCCAUUCGUCUGACGACUGGUUCAAGUUUUCCCAAAAAAUCUGUUUCGACAAGAAACAUCUGCCGAAGGAACUUAAAUUCAUAAGCAAACGAAAAAUAGUAACCAUAAUAUGAAUUAGUGAUCAUUAAAACCGUGCUAGGAACACGAUUCUUUAAGUGCAAAAUGUAAUUCUGUAAAUUAUUAAUGUUCUCUUUCCUCUUUUUAAUACCUUUAUCAGAUCUUUUGUUACUAAAGAAAUUGUGGAACGUAGAAAUUAAUUUAUUUAUAGCACCUUCAAUUAAAGAAUACUUGAAUAUGUUGUAUAUUUUAAUAAAAUGUUGCUUACCUA